AUGCUGCGAGAUGCGGCUACAUCGCUUCAGGAAUCUGGCAGGCAAUCAGGGCUGAUGAAGAUCGCAGGUGAUGUGAAGCGCUUUCUCCUGUCAAGGACCUUGCCGUUGUUCAAGCAGGCAGAGGAGGAGAACAUUCAGCUGGAAUGGUCUUUCCGCUCGGAUACAGUAAGAGUUCGCACUGCUGGAGUCACACCAACCAGGAUAACUUCACUUGCUACGAUGGCCUACAAGUUGCGCAUCACGGCAUCGUCAUCCUUGUGCUGGGGCCAUGCUUCGAUGACACGGACCAUCGCAAAACUUUGCAGCGGGCAAGGGGCUCUGAGAUUCGGGCCCAACCACCUGCAGAUGGCUGUCAGCGACUUCACCAAGCUCUGGAUGGACAGGUUGCAACAGGGGGACUUGCCUCGUGAGCUCAUCUUCACAUUGUGCCUGCUGGCGACGGCGCACAAGUCGUUGCCACACGCCAUGCCCAAGAAGAAGGUUGCGGAGAGCUAG